UAUCCGACAGGUACGUAUGAUCAGAUCAUCUCUCUAUAUGUCCGUAGAUAUAUAAACACCAAAAUUAAGAUUAUACACAGACCUGAGUUCUUAAUUAUUUUCUGAAUUUUUGUAGUGACUUUAUGUUUUCUUGUUUCCAUGUGUCAUGGAUUCCUCAAGACUCGUUGUCUGCUCCUAUAUCUUCAGCAGUGUAUGCCUGCAACAGCCAGUUGAUCUACGCCACUUUCCGUGAUGGUAACAUUGGAGUGUUUGACGCAGACAGUCUUAGGUUAAGAUGUCGUAUCUCUCCAUCUGCCUACUUUCCUCAAGGGAACCAAGGCUUGUCCUCUCUAGUUGUGGCGGCCCACCCUCAAGAGCCAAACCAGUUUGCUGUUGGUCUGAAUGAUGGGUCUGUUAAGGUGAUAGAACCGACCGAGGCUGAAGGCAAAUGGGGGAUGGUUCCACCCUCUGAAGCCAUCAAUCAACACGUCGCCAUCCACCACAAACAACCAAACUCAAGAACAGUUACAAAGAUGAACAAAUUACAAUGGCUUUAGUCAUAAUUAUCUAUCCAUGUAAUUAGUUUCAAAUAUUGACUCUUCAGGUUUGUUGGUUAGUUAGUGUUUGUUACUGAUUAUUAUUUAGGUUUCAGCAGUGGUAUUAGGUCUUCGAAUGUAGUCUUAGUUUGAAGAUUGUUAAGACUUAAGAUAAUGACAUUGGUAUGAAAUAAAGUUUGUAUAAGACCAUAUGACUGUUUAGUGAAGGUCUCUGGGCGAGAAAUUGAUACCUCGCCACCAUCAAUAACGGCAUGAACCUAUAAACGGUCCCUAUACAUCUCAGGCUUUCCAAAAAAAAACUAUCCUUUUCUGAAGUGGGUUUAGCUUUACCAGCAGCAAUGGUCUCGUCAGCUUCAGUAGUCUCUUCCGCAGAAUCAUCUCGCCUUCCUCUGUUUUCACCUGCAAGUGUUUUCUUGCAUCGCAAGACACUUGUAAUUAGAGAAGUCAACUUUUUUUUCUUGAAAAACCAACCUCGGUCUGCAGAAAUAUCUCUUCCCUCUCUCUUCUUUCUUCUUGUUGUAUGUGUUAGAUCUUGUUGAAAAUCUUUCGAACCCAGAUCUUUGGAACCCAGUAUAGAAAACUCACUUCCAUAUAUUUGAUCUCCAGCCUCCAAAUAUACAUUAGUUGGACUUUCUAGUGAACUACUUCUUCCCAUAGUGUGUUCAAUCUCUAUGCUCUUGGGAAUUUAUCUUCUUUACAAUCCAUGUGUGCUUUUAACCACGAGCGGUUACAACUUACACACACUUAAUUGGGCCUGUAGCGUCCGCACAUGUAAGUAAAACUAACAAUUUUGCCGUUUAAAGCUUGGGAGUAGGAGAUUUAGAAGAGUCCCACAUCGCUUACGUUUGCAGGGAAGGACUCGCGAAGCAUAGUAUAAAAAGAGAAGGGGAGAGAUCAAGCAAAUCACUUACCUGGACGGGGUCAACUCAUUAUCAAAAAUAUGGGUGGCCUAGGCUAGUGAUCUCUCUCCAUUGCACAAAUUAAAGGAGAGGAUACAAGGAGAGGGCGCUUAGCCUAAGGUCUCCCCAAGUGGGAGAGUCUGCGUCAUUAUUUGUGGCAGAGGGAGCCUCCUACCAUCUAUUCUUAGUUUUGAAGUAUAUUAGUUUUACAUUGCAAUUCUCUAUUUCCUUUCUUAACAAGCUAUUCAAAGAUUGUAUGUUAAAUUGUUAUUCUUUUUGGAAAAAAUAGGUUGUUGGAUAAGAAUUGUAUACACACUCAGGACGAAAGUUCAUAGUAAUAGCUUUGGGGUAGGUCAAGCUACUUCUAAUAUCCCACAUCGGAAAGAUGUUCCAAGUAGGUCGGUUUUGUUUGACUAUAAAACUAAGAGAAUUUCUGGAAGGGCUCCCUUCGUGUGUAAAGCCCUGCAAUCUUUUAGUUCACAUUUUUUUCAUGUAUUUUGGAAAGCCUUAUUGUUUUCUCUUGUCUUUUCAUUACGCAUCUCUUUAACAACUCCGUUGCAUGAUAAUCUAUCGCUGAAUGAUCUUACGAACGUACCGAAAUUACAAGAAUAUUCUUCUUUAUAAAUUAU